GUUCUGCAGUUCCUGUACAUGUUGCCAACUGUCAAUGUCUGUAUCAUGGAAGGCGAGUGCCCCCACGACGAUCUUCCAAUUUUGUGUACGGCGCGUAACCUAACACGAGGGGUGUUCGCCGAGAUAUAGCAUAGGGGGAAUAGAUAUGGCAGCCUUCAUCUUCAAUUCAACGCCAACAGCUCCUCUAUCCUUGUAAACUUACGUUGCGAUCGUUCAAAUGUCUUCAAGGACUGGAUUCCAAAGUCGCUCGCUGGCUUCUGCAAACCAAAGUCCUGACAUGCGAUAUCUCACUCCAGCAUACCUUACCCUUCAUAUCAUCGGUGGGCACGUCGGGCUUCCGUUGCUGGUUGCAACGCUGCUAUUCUCCAAGCGUGUCCAUCGUCCACCCGCAGUUAUCAACCUUCUCGUUACCUGGAUAGUUUUCUCUGUGUCCUACUGUUUAUUGUUGUACACAGGACCUUUGUAUAGCAGACAUCCUUCAUUCGCGUUAUGUCUUGCACAAGCAGCCUUCAUCCAUGCAACCCCACCUAUGUCUGUUCUUGCCGUGUUUGCCGUCGUACUUCAGGUCUGGCACCUUUUUCAACCUCCCUGGCAUCCAUGGUGGAGUUUCGUUGGACGAAUUCCGCCACGUCUAAGGUUUCUAUUGAUUAUUGCCCCUCCGUAUGUUGCUUUCGUGGCCAUCUCUCUCGCCACGAUAUUCAUUGGCCUAAACAACCGUCCGGCUGUCACAUCUAGCCUUGGUAUCUACUGCACAAUCGAUCUUGAAGUCUUUUUUGCGAUACCACUUUUCUGUGCAGUCUUCAUGAUUCUGAUCCUACUCUUCAAUGUCGGAACAAUCGUACAGCACUACUGGCGGCGCCGACAAGUAAGUCAGUUGCAAAUAACCCAUCAUACUCCCUCAAUCAAUGUAUGGCUGCGAGUCCUAAUCUUCAACUUGUACUCUGUCGCCACCCUUGGUGCAUGUCUAUUGUUCCUCAUCAGUGCUUCCGAUCCUCUCCCAUACAUGAUUCAGGCUGGUUUGCCCCUUGUCGCCGUGCUGAUCUUCGGGUCCCAAAAGGAUAUAUUCCGUGCCUGGCGCUUUUGGGGAAGGACCCAGAGUUCCGCAAACGUGCAUCACCUUCAAGCUACUGAGAGCUCUGACGGUGGAUGGUCUCCACAUGCAGAGGCAAACCAACUGUCUUCCGUCGACGCGGUUAUUGACAUUUCUCGUGGACGGACGGGCGACAUUGUCCGAUUUUCGGUUGAAAUGCGGAGUGUCACAGGUGUGCUAGAAUCGCAUCAGACUAAGCCUGUGGUGUAGGAAUGAUAGUCAUUCUCCGAGCAAUGACCGAAUGUUGCAAUGUCUCCUUGUCUGCUCGCGCACAGCCCAAGCAACCUAACAAAGAAUUUCAUAAUCA